AUGUCUUCAGUAACAUAUAAAGAAACGAUCCAAGCAGCCGGUCAUGAAGGUGCCAUGGAGUCUGCCGAUGGGGUGCUGUUCCUUAAACCGACCUGUCAACAGGAGUUAGACUUCUAUACGUCGAUUGCUACGAAGGAGGAGUGGUUGAAUAUAACAUGUAAAUUUAUGGGGACUCUCACUGAGCAAACAAUCAGAGAAGAGUAUGAAGGCGAGUUUUCAGAAACAAAUUCAAACUUUGGCAAUACCAGCAAUUUGAAGCAACUUAAAACCGAUGACAGUCUGCGGACCUUACAGUCGAUAGUUGAAGAGGCCGAGAAAGCACAGGACAUCACAAAAAUUCAAAAUUAUAUGACAAGCUCUAAAAGCUCAACAUUAGUAUUGGAGAAUGCUCUUCAUGGAUUUACACAACCAUGUAUAUUGGAUGCAAAAUUGGGGUCACAAUUGUGGGACAGUGAAGCGUCUACAGAAAAGAGGGAGAGGUUGGAUCAGGUGUCGAGGACAACAACAAGUGGUUCCCUAGGGGUCCGGAUAGCAGGAAUGUCUCUCUAUAAUCCAUUGUCUAAAGAACGUAUAUCUUAUGGCAAGCAAUAUGGCCGGAGUAUGAGACAGGACGAAGUAAUUGCGGGGUUCAGCGAAUAUUUUUUUGACAGGGAACGGUUUCUCAAUACACAUAUUAGUGGUGAGAGUACCCGACCCAAUGAUAAUGGACCAUUCCAGUCAAUUAUAGAUGAAGAAAAAAAAAGGGUACUUUGCCAUCAUAUAUUGGACGAGCUGCAGUAUAUCUUCGAAGUGGUGUCGACGUCUGACGUGCGUAUGAUAUCGGCUAGCGUGCUGAUCAUAUAUGAAGGCGAUGAGGAUGCGUUCGAGCAGAAGCUCGCCCUGGGAAAUUCCAUGGCUGAAGAAGCUGAAGAAUACAAAAGGUCUGUAACGGAAGGUGAUGAGUCGGACGAGGAAGACCUAGAUCACCCGGUUCUAUUUCGAGUAAAACUUAUCGAUUUUGCACAUUCUAGAUUUACUCCAGAUUCUGGCCCAGAUGCAAAUUCCCUGCAGGGUCUGGAGUCCCUGAUACGGAUAUUCUCCGAAUUAGAGAAGAAAUACACAGAAGAGGAUUAG